AGUGUUAUUAGCUACGUCACUCUCUGACUCUUGGUAACUUAUCUUAAAACGAUAUUGACAUGUAAAUUCCCUUGAGGGACUCGAAGACUUCGUUGAAUCGUUCAUCAAUGGCAGCCAUCGCUCGAUUCCAUAUCCUCCAACAGUCGUCUUCAGUUCUGAAACCCACUGCAAUCUCAUCCAAAUUCCCUCAUCAAUCUUCUUCGCCGCCCUUCUAUUGUAACCCUAAUUUCUUUAGAAACAACAGUCAUAUACGCAAGCUUCAUCUCACUCCAUCACUCUGCGCCAAUUCGAGCCCGAAUCCCGAGAAUUCCUCUGCCAGCGGACCAAGUGGUUCAAUAGUUGGUGAUCUUCUGGAUUAUCUCAACGAGUCUUGGACUCAGUUUCAUGCCACAGCUGAAGCAAAACGACAAUUAGUUGCUGCUGGAUUUCAUCUUCUCAGUGAGAAUGAUGAAUGGGAGCUUAAACCUGGUGGACGUUACAUCUUCACUCGCAAUAUGUCCUGUCUGGUUGCUUUUGCCAUUGGAGAAAAGUACUCUGUUGGCAAUGGUUUUCAUGUAAUUGCUGCACACACAGAUAGCCCUUGUCUGAAACUAAAACCGAAGUCUGCAUUGUCCAAAUCCAAUUAUCUUAUGGUGAAUGUACAAACUUAUGGUGGUGGAUUAUGGCAUACUUGGUUUGACAGAGAUUUAAGUGUAGCUGGAAGGGUCAUAGUCAGAAAUGGUGAUGGCUCCUUUCUACACAAACUAGUCAAAGUCAAAAGGCCUCUGUUACGUGUCCCUACUCUUGCUAUCCAUCUUGACCGUACUGUGAACAAGGAUGGUUUCAAGCCAAACUUGGAGACUCACCUCAACCCCUUGUUGGCAACAAAACAUGACGAUGCUUCUGUUGACAUAAAAGACAAAAAUAAUAAAGAUUCUCAUCAUCCUCUACUUAUGCAGAUUCUAUCAGAUGAAUUGGGAUGUGAAAUUGAUGACAUAGCAAGCAUUGAGCUAAACAUUUGUGAUACACAACCUAGCUGCCUUGGAGGUGCAAACAACGAGUUCAUAUUUUCUGGAAGAUUAGAUAAUCUUGCUUCAAGUUUUUGUGCACUUAAAGCUCUUGUUGACUCAUCUGGACCCAAAGAUCUAUCAGAUGAACACGCAAUUAGAAUGGUUGCGCUUUUCGAUAAUGAAGAGGUUGGUUCUGACUCAGUGCAAGGUGCUGGAGCACCAACAAUGUUUCAAGCUAUGAGGCGGAUAAUUGAUUGUUUGGCUAAUCAGUGUGUCAGGGAGGGUGUCUUUGAGCGUGCAAUUCGUCAAUCGUUUCUUGUUUCUGCUGACAUGGCUCAUGGAGUUCACCCUAAUUUUAUGGAAAAGCAUGAAGAACACCAUCGCCCAGAAUUGCACAAGGGUCUUGUGAUAAAGCACAAUGCAAACCAACGAUAUGCUACAAGUGGAAUUACAGCUUUUCUUUUUAAAGAAGUUGCUAAAAUCCACAACCUUCCAACUCAGGAUUUUGUGGUAAGAAAUGAUAUGGGAUGUGGAUCAACUAUUGGUCCUAUACUUGCUUCUGGAAUUGGUAUCCGAACAGUUGAUUGUGGCAUUCCUCAGCUUUCCAUGCACAGUGUAAGAGAGAUAUGCGGAAAGGAAGACAUAGAUAUUGCCUACAACCAUUUCAAGGCAUUUUACCAAACAUUUUCAAGUGUAGACCGAAAACUGAACGUGGAUUAAUUAUUAAGACAUUUCUACAUUCUUUUAAUAGUCAAUUGAACUGUAUUUUUUUUAAUUUGGAGAGUAAACAUUAAGUUUCGGAUUUGAUGAUAAAUUUAAAAUUCCUGAUGGGAUGUAUGGUAUGGUAUGGUAUGGUAUGUAUGGCACAUGAAACAUGAAGAAAUACAUAUAAAUUUUUUGAUUCUCUAA